UAGGUGGCAGCACUUUACGGCAGCGUAAAAUUUUCCACAUGGCCUCCGGUUCUCGUGUAAGAAUUUGAGCUUUGAGCGGAACGUCUCAUUAAAAGUGAAGAAAUAACGUUACAUGCGUUUGAAAUGGGUAAAAGUAAAACCACUAAAUUCAAGCGGCCGCAGUUUAACGCGGUUGGGCUGCCGGUAAAGGCUGUGAAAGAAGUGGACGAAGACGAGGAAGGACCCGCAGAGGAAGACUGUCCAGCUGAAGAGUUACUGGAAAAAUUGCAGAGUCCCAGUGCAGAUGCACGAGAGUUUGCAUGUGCUAACGUUUCUCGGGUGGUGCAGCAGCGGCAGGUCAUCCCCAGCUUCCUCCAGAGGGAUGCGGUGAAGCGACUUGGGCCUAUGCUACUGGACAGCAAGCUGUCUGUCAGGGAGACCGCCGCAGGAGCACUCAGGAAUCUGAGUGCAUGUGGAGGUCAGGAGGUGUGUGAGGACAUGGUGAAACACGACAUCAUGACUCCCCUGUCAGUGCUGCUGAGAGAGUGCUGUGCUGGAUUUGAGAGCAGCGAACAGAAAAGUGGAGUCGAGAACGUCGCAAAUGAGGCUCUGAACUUGCUGUGGAAUCUGUGUGAAUGCAGCAGCCAGGCAUUAUCCAUCUUCAACAAAGCUGGGCUUCUGGAUUUGGUUGUCCAGUGUCUGGAGAGAUACACACACAACAUGGAUCUGGCCAUAUCCGCUGCCCACUGUUUGCACACCGUGACUGAAGACAAUCCGGAGCUGAUGUGUAGCAUGAACACUGCUGUACUUGGAGCCCUGGAGAAUGUGCUGGUGUCAUCUAAGCCAGGCAUGGAUCCAACUCUCCUUAGGAUACUGGCUGCAGGGACACUGUGGAACACAAAGCCUAGUCUUCCUGCUGCUCGCCAGGCACAGACAAUGAAUGCUGUGGUGGUGACCUUAGCAAAGUGCUUGGAUAUAGAUGCAGAUGUGCUAAUCCCCGAACUCAAGCAAGCUGAAGACAUUCGUCUGAGUAAUCCACCAACAGUGACAGACAUGGAAGACCAGGCUAUUGGAGAUUUACCUGCAGAGGAAAUGGAUGAAGAGAAGUCUGUUAAGAACAAAAACAGUAAAGUUUUGAAGGUUGAUAAGGACGUCUCUGACCUCUUGCCUGGGGGCAAGCAGGAGCUGAAGGAGGCAACAGCUUUGCUGACAGCCCAGCAGACGUCACUAGAGAUCCUCGUUAACAUGUGCUGCUCCGACGACCCAUCUGAUGACGAGUGGGAGGCGACGUCCAGCAGUGAUGAAAGCGAAAUGAGUCCUGAUGGCCUUUGUGAUGGAGUGUCCAGUCUUAUGAGUCCAUUGUGUUUAUCAGCUGAGAUUCACAGUGCCUUAAUCAACCACAGCAUCCCAGAAAAGGUUCUCAAAAAGACUCGGCUACCGGGAAAGGAAGCUAUGGAUCUGUGCCUUCAGAAUCCUUCCUGGAAGAGCCUCAUAAAAAAGAUGCAGCGGGUGCAGUCCCGAGCACUGACGUGUCUCCACAGUAUCCUCUCCACUAUGGACUCUGAGUCUCUGGGAGGAGCAGAAGCUCUUCAGGGUGCAGCACAGCACCUGUCCACGCUCGUUUUCAGCACAGAAGAGAUGCCCAAAGAUGAGGAAUUCUUAGAAGCUGUCAUCAGCGCCAUCCGUUCUCUCUUACAGAUGAUUGCAUCAAAUAAUAUCCCACAGUGUAUGAGCCCCCAGCAACUGAUGAGCCUGAGUGAGACCGCAACCCGUUGUGACAUCACCAGCGUGAGGGUCAACGCUGUAGCCAUUCUGGGCAUCACUGGCAGCACUUUAGCCAAAGAAAAACAGACUGCGGAAAUUCUUCAGAUGAUUGGAAAUGCCUUACUUCAAGUCGCUACACAAGAUGCUAAUUUAGUUGUAAAUGGUGAAGCCCUUGAUGCAUUGUUUGACGUUUUUGCGGAUGGAUAUGAGGCAGAGAUUGCUGCUAAAACUAUCCAGUUGCUACCUGCACUGAAGGCACUUCAACCCGUCUUUAAAGCCAAGAUUCGUAAAGAAGGAAGGGGCAAGUACAGCCCUCAGCAGCUGUGUGUGCUAGACAACAUCAAAGUCAACUUGAGAAGAUUUAUUGGUUAUCUGGAGAAGGUGGUGAAAAAAUGAGCACUAUCUGCACUUCACACUGUGAUCAGAUAAAACUUUGGUUUACUUCAUUCGCACAGAAAAUGCGAGUAGCUUGAUUGUGGUUGUAAAACCAUGAAGUAUUUAUUGUGUUGGUAUAAAACCAUAUAUAAUUUGCUUGGCUUAGGUUUUUUUGUUGUUCAUUCUCUGAAUAUUGAUUCACUUUUAUUUUGUGAUGUGAAGUAUAUUGCAGAGCGUUUUUUAUCCCCUCAUUUUUUUUAACACAAAAAAAUGAGUUGAAUUUGCAUAAUUUCACCUUUUGUUGGCCCUGUAACAUUCAAGAGAUUAAAUGUGUACACGUGAUAAUCUACCAAGUUGUGACAUCUGUAGAUUUGUUGUUUUACUACACUGCAAUGCUGCAGAUAUCAUGCAAAAGUUUACAGUCUAAUACAGUGACAUUUUUAGUCACUGAAUCCUCUUUUUGUUUGCCUGUUUAAAGGAAUCACUGCCAACAUUGUAUUAAAAGUACAAUCUGUUUAGAAGUAUGUAACUCUCACCUUUGCCCAUUUCUACUACUUUUCUUGCAGCUGUUAUUCCACACAAACUUGGGGCUGUGAUUUUUGUGUUAUAAGAUAGUGGUUUUAGUUGUUGUUGUUUUUUUUUUGUUUUGUUUUUUCUGCAAGUCAGCAGUCUUGUGUAGCUGUUGAUAGGAUCUUUGGUGGCCACCCCAAUCACCAGUUCUACAAUCAUUCUGCUUUGUACAGUUGAACAAUUUUAAAAAUAAAUCAAGAUACUGUC